AUCUGCAGACGACUGGCGUGAACUCUACUCGAACUUCAGGCUGCCAUGGCGAACCAGAAGAAGAGGGGUAUCUUAGAGCGCCUGGAUGCCGGGGAGGUGGUUGUGGGAGAUGGAGGAUAUGUGCUGCAGCUGGAGCGGCGUGGCUACGUGAAGGCAGGGCACUGGACACCAGAGGCUGCAGUGGAGCAUCCUGAAGCUGUACGGCAGCUGGAAAGGGAGUUCCUGAGAGCUGGAGCCGAUGUGAUUCAAACCUUCACUUUCUACUGCAGCGAGGAUAAACUGGAGCUGAGUGGCAAUGUCUCCAACAUCACUGGUGCCCAGAUCAACAAUGCAGCCUGCGACCUGGCCAGAGAGGUCGCCGAUGAGGGUGGCGCUCUGGUGGCUGGAGGUGUGUCCCAGACUCCACUCUACGUCAAGAAGGGCAGUGAGAAUGAGGUCAAAGCCAUCUUCAAGAAACAGCUGGAUGACUUCCUGAAAAAGGACAUUGACUUCUUCAUGGUGGAAUACUUUGAAUAUGUCGGGGAGGCAGUGUGGGCCGUGGAAGUCAUGAAAACCGGUGGGAAACCUGUAGGAGCCACACUUUGCAUCUCACCUGAUGGAGACAGGGAAGGAGUCCCACCUGGAGAGUGUGCUGUGAGACUGGUCAAAGCUGGAGCGGACAUCGUGGGAAUAAACUGCCACCUGGAUCCACUCACAUGUGUUCGCACAGUGAAACUAAUGAAAGAGGGUCUGGAGAAAGCUGGUCUGAAAGCACAUCUCAUGGUCCAGCCACUUGGCUUCCACACACCAGAGUGUAACAUCGGAGGAUACGUCAGUCUACCAGAGUACCCCUUUGCUCUGGAGACCAGAAUCAUCACGCGCUGGGAUGUCCAUAAAUAUGCCAGAGAGGCUUACAAUGCAGGAAUCCGCUACAUCGGUGGCUGCUGUGGAUUUGAGCCGUACCAUAUCAGGGCCAUAUCAGAAGAGCUGGCAGAAGAGAGAGGAUUCCUCCCACCGGCCUCAACGAAGCACUCACUCUGGGCAUCUACUCUGGAGACACACACUAAACCCUGGGUCAAGGCCAGGGCUGGUCGACAGUACUGGGAAAACCUCCUGCCUGCCUCUGGACGCCCCAAAUGUCCAUCAAUGGCGACGCCCACUGAUGGAAGACCUUAGAAAUGAGUUAAAAUUCAGGUUACCAACAUUGUCAAAUAUCAAACAGUGUCAUCUUAGCAGGUUUGCCUAGAUAUUCAAGGUUUUCUUUUUAAAUCACACCUGUGAUGGUUUCAAAAUCUAAAAUGCCUCAACUGACAAUGUAAUAUUUGUUGAUCAAUUUAAUUUUAGCCUCUCCAAUUGAAAAUUUCUUGAUGAAUAUUGAGUGAAGAAAAGGGUUUCUGUCUGUUUCAGUCUUUGGAGAUUGUCCAGGCUGGUGUGUGUUUUCUCUGCUGAUGUUCAGACUUCGUUUGUGACUCCGUACAAACCAAGCUUUACAUUUUAACUGCUGCAGAAGUGUGAAUUAGUAUAAAAUACAUGAACAGUUUCAAUCAUCGAUUAAUCAGUUCAUAGUUGAUUGCAUGAAUGUAUACAUUUUCUGUAUUAGCCUACAGACAGUACAUGUGUUUUCCAUUAUCAUGCAUUGCUUGUGGUGUAUGGUAUAUCAUGUUUUCCUGUGAAAAUAUGAAACUGGUGCAAAUGCCUCCAAAUGUGGAGAUGAAAAACAUUUGGUUGUUCACACAAUUCUCUAUUGUGCUGAAUUAAGCUGAAAUUGUGUUUACUCUGGGCAGCAGAUGAGGCCAGUGGCACAGAUGUCAUUUUCAUGCUUUUAUUUGUCAUUGUCUGUGUUCAAUUUUCUUGAAAUUCCGUUAGAUUUAUCAGUAUUCGGGUAUUAGGACACAUUUCUGUGCCGUUAAUGGAAACGUCAUCUUUGUGGGAGAUAAAGAAGGAAACUUCCAUUGACGAACAUUUAGUGGAAGACUGAGAAAUUGUUCAUGUUUUCCUUAUUCAAUGUAGUAUCAGCUGACAAUGCAAUAGAACUGUAUGUCUGUCCCUGAGCAACACACGUGCCCAACUUGUUUGUUUACAAUCUCCUCCUCCUUGGCACCACAAGUGAAACCUCUCCAUUUUCUUGAUGUGGUGUGUAAAAAACACGUAGUCCACCGUUGGCUGUCAGAGGUAAAUCAACAAUAAGUCAUAUUAGCUUUCUGAGUGUGUCAGCAAAAACUAAAGACUCUCCCAGAAAUGUGAAUCAUUUUUUGUUUUUGAAAUUGCAUUAUUGACUACAUAUUGAUUUGUGAG